CCAGGUGACAUCGUGGUGGACCAGGAAGCAUGCGGCUGUGGCGCUGGGGACCCUGAAGACUGGCUUGCAGGGAGGAAUGCUACGGUGGGCAGUGCACUUGGAAGGUGGGCCGCGGAGGGUGAACCACGCGGCCGUGGCUGUUGGGCACAAGGUCUAUUCCUUUGGUGGAUAUUGUUCUGGAGAAGACUAUGAGACUCUGCGGCAGAUUGACGUCCAUGUUUUUAAUGCAGUGUCUCUGCGCUGGAUCAAGCUGCCUCCAGUGUGGACAAACAGCCGAGACCACGUGAGAGAGGUGCCCUACAUGAGGUAUGGGCACUCAGCAGUGCUCAUAGACGACACCGUCUACAUAUGGGGUGGACGCAACGACACUGAGGGAGCCUGCAACGUGCUCUAUGCCUUUGACGUCAACACGCACAAGUGGUUCACGCCAAAGGUUUCUGGAAUGGUCCCAGGAGCGAGAGAUGGGCACUCGGCUUGUGUCCUGGCAAAGAGCAUGUUUAUCUUUGGAGGCUAUGAACAGCUGGCUGACUGCUUUUCAAAUGAUAUCCAUAAAUUGGACACCACAAACAUGAUGUGGACUUUAAUCUCUGCCAAGGGUACGCCAGCUCGCUGGAGAGACUUCCAUUCAGCUACCAUCAUUGGAACAAAGAUGUAUGUAUUUGGUGGCAGAGCUGAUCGUUUUGGGCCAUUUCACUCCAACAAUGAGAUCUACUGCAACCGCAUUAAAGUAUUUGAUACAGAAACAAACUCCUGGCUGGACUCCCCUCCAACUCCAGUGCUCCCAGAAGGCCGGCGGAGCCAUUCAGCAUUCAGCUACAAUGGAGAGCUAUACGUAUUUGGUGGCUACAAUGCACGCCUGAACAGACACUUCCACGACCUCUGGAAAUUCAAUCCAGUUUCUCUUUCUUGGAGGAAGAUUGAGCCCAAGGGAAAAGGCCCAUGUCCUCGACGCCGGCAGUGCUGCUGCAGAGUUGGGGACAAAAUCAUUCUCUUUGGAGGUACCAGCCCGUCUCCAGAGGAGGGAAUGGGUGAUGAAUUCGACCUGAUGGAUCACUCAGAUCUCUACAUCCUCGACUUCAGUCCCAGUCUAAAGACUCUGUGUAAGCUGGCAGUGAUUCAGUACAGCCUGGACCAGUCCUGCCUUCCCCACGACAUCAGAUGGGAGCUCUCGGCCAUGACAACAAACAGCACCAUCAGCCGUCCCAUCGUCUCCUCCCAGGGCUGACGCCGGCUCAUCCCUCUACCACCCUGCCCUCGCCCCUCCACACACUGACCUCUUGCUCCACUGCCUGCAUGAGUUUUUAGCCCUUUCAAGCAA